AUGGCGCCAACAGAUCAACAAGAUAAGAAACGUGUUGAGCGAUCCUUACAGCGCGCUAUUGUUAAACGAGAUAAGCAUGUUAAUCAGAUGUUAAUCUUGUUCAACUUAUCGAAGACAGUUGAGUCUGAUCCGUCAAUUAAACCUAUGUUCGAUGCACGUAAACGGGAUUUGGAAACACUCAUGUCAGAUUUUCGCCUCGACCAGGAGGACGUUAUGGAUCAAAUGGUAGAGCUAGGGCGGAUUGAGGAGUUCAUACGGGAACAUAGUGUCAUUGAAACUGUUGUCACCGAUCAAUACUAUUCCAUACAAGCCGUGGCGGGUGCGGUGGCCGGUUGUAAAUUGGAUACGGUAAUCAGAUCAGGUUCUCACAUUAAUUUACCAAAAAUUGAGUUACCGCACUUUAAUGGUGACAUAAUUAAUUGGCGGUCUUAUCGUGACACAUUCACAUCGCUUGUCCACGAAAAUUCAGAUCUUAACAGUGUUGAGCGAUUUCAUUAUUUAAUUUCUUCAGUCUCCGGAGCUGCGAGUACUGUGGUACGUUCGGUCCCUCUUACUGGUCCCAAUUACGUAGUUGCCUGGAACGCACUGCAUGAUCGAUUUGACAGUACGCGUCUUAUACUUCAUGCACACUUGGACAAGUUAUUCGGAUUUUCUCCCAUAAAAAAUGAAUCGUUACAUGAUCUAAAUAACUUUUUAGAUGUAUUCAAAGAGAACACAGCAGCGAUCAACGCUUUAGGUGUGCAUGAUCUGUCCGGUUUUCUAUUAUUCUAUAUAGCGUCGCGCGUCCUGGAUAGUUCAACGAAGCGUCUCUUCGAGGCUGAUCGGGGCACACAUGAUCUUCCCACUCUAAAUGAUUUAUUAAUACUCAUACAAUCUCGGUGCAAAAUCCUACAAAAUAGUUCGAUGUCAGACGCCGAAAGAAAACCUGCAGCUUUCACGCGCCGAAAGCCUGUAAUUUCAAGAUCAUCGUUACUGGCCUCAACCAAGGAUCACGAUUCUCACUGCUAUGCGUGCCAAGGGACACACUAUAUAUACAAAUGUGAGAAGUUUAAGGGACUAACCACAUCAGCACGAUUCCAGCUGGUAAAGUCCAAUAACAUGUGUUCAAAUUGUCUCAGUGGUUCCCAUGCGGUUUCCACAUGUCCGUCGAAGUAUUCGUGUCGAACCUGUUCCGGAAAACAUCAUUCGUUACUGCACUUCGAAUCGCGAAAACGCCAGGCUGGCACUAAUUCAAUUAACAAUGCACCUGCGGUUCCAUCGUCGUCGGUAGCCCCCGUUGGUAAUCUACCAAGCACCGAUGACACGUCAUUUGUUGGUACCGUUUGCAGCGGCAAUUUGAGUGUUCUGGGCACAGCUGUUAUUCGGAUGUACAACCAACAGGGACAGUGGGUCCCAGUCCGUGCAUUAAUAGAUUGUGGAUCUCAAAUAUCUGCUAUAACAACAAAGUGCGCAACACGACUUGGUCUCACUCGGUGCAACCGUAAAAUCAACGUAGUCGGAUUGUCACAGAGCCCCGUAGUCCAGGCAAAAGGUGUAGUUUUGUGCAGCAUAGUGCCACACAUGUGGUUAGAUCGACAGCUAACUUGUGAACCCGUUCUAUUGUCAAAGAUUACUGGGUUGAUGCCUUUGAAAGUGUUAGAUUUAUCCAUACGAACUCAGUACAUGGAUCUGGAGCUCGCAGAUCCGAAUUUCGAUCGUCCAGGGCAAAUUGAAUUCUUACUAGGCGCUGACGUGUACAACCACAUUUUCACAGACGGUUAUCAUGUACGCCAUACACCAGGAUUGCCUUCCGCGUUCGAGACCACAUUGGGCUGGAUUAUUGUUGGAGCCGCGGCAGCCUCAAGCACUUUGUCAUCGCAAGUCUCACUGUCAUUGACAACUGAACCGUCACUUAAACAAUUGCUGAACCGGUUUUGGGAAGUUGAGGAGCCUGUGGUUUUACCUAAUCCGUUUACAGAAGAACAGAAGUGCGAAGAGAUUUUCCGUCGUACCACCACCAGAGAUCCGUUUGGGAGAUACUCAGUGUCGUUUCCGUUUAAAACCAAUCCUUCCGUUCUUGGUGAUUCCCGAUCAAUGGCACUAUCAAGAUUUUAUAACUUGGAGCGUAAAUUAACAGCCGAUCCUAUCAUAUACGAGGAAUAUAAAUCUUUUAUGAACGAGUAUUUACAACUUGGCCACAUGAAACUCGCGCAAACUCCAGGAAACUACAUCAUUCCACACCACGCAGUUGUCAAACGAACGAACGGAAAAAUUAAACUAAGAGUCGUAUUUGACGCGUCUGCCACUACAUCCUCUGGAACAUCAUUAAACAAUUUGUUAUUUACCGGACCCAAAUUGCAAUGUGACAUAGCAGAUCUAUUAUUACGAUGUCGCUUUCAUGUAUAUAUGCUCACAGCAGAUAUAUGCAAAAUGUAUAGACAAAUACAGGUGUCACCAGCGGAAUGCUCUUACCAGCAUAUUUUGUGGCGCAACGAUCCAUCUGAAUCAAUACAAGAGUAUGCCUUGUCGACAGUUACUUACGGAGUGUCUUCGUCUCCCUUUCAAGCCAUUCGUGUAUUACAUCAACUGGAACUGGACGAAGGUUCCAAAUACCCAGCUGUACAAGGAGUGUUAUCUAGUCAAACUUACGUCGAUGACAUUAUAGCCGGAGCUACUUCAGUCGAACAGAUGGUGACGUUGCAGAAACAGCUCAUCGGUUUGCUUGGUCAAGGUCAAUUUGAGCUGAAAAAGUGGGCAAGUAACUGUCGACAAGCUCUGCAAAAUAUCCCAAAGGACGAUCAAGUUGUGGAAUUGUCAUUCGACCCAAAGGAUGAUUGUUCAAUAAAGAUUCUGGGGUUACAUUGGGACCCGGCAAAUGAUAUAUUCAGUUAUCAUAGUGAUCCUUGCGUCUCUCGGCCUACGAAUCGUUCAGUGCUAUCCGCGAUAGCUAAGAUCUAUGACCCACUCGGAGCCUUAUCACCCAUCACCUUUUGGGCUAAGUGCUUCAUGCAGAUUUUAUGGAAAAAUGCUUAUGAAUGGGACCAACCGAUCCCCGACGAACUAGCUUCUUCCUGGAAUUCAUUCUCUACGCAGUUACCUUCGGUCUCACAAGUUAAAAUCAGGAGACAUAUUCCGAUUGAACAGUGUACUGACGUUCAACUACUAGGUUUUUCCGAUGCAUCACAAAAAGGAUACUCAGCUGUUGUUUACAUGCGAUUGUCGUAUGCGUCAAAACCUGGCACAGUACAUCUACUUACAGUAAGGUCGAAGGUGGCACCGUUAAAGAACAGUCGUCUGGACGAGUCACUUUCCAUUCCAAGGUUGGAAUUAUGUGGGGCACUGCUAUUAGCUCAAACACUGCAUCGUGUACAAAAGGCAUUAUCGUCAAUCACUCACAUAUCCUCGAUUCAUGCAUGGACCGACUCUACAGUGGUGUUGUCUUGGCUAACAACUCAGCAAGUUACAUUUAAAGUAUUCGUCACGAACAGGCUUAACAAGAUAGGUGAACUUCUGCCCUCGGUUCAGUGGCGAUAUGUACCAUCCAUGCAAAAUCCAGCUGAUUGUGUGUCCCGUGGCCUACUUCCUACCGACGCAUUAGAACACAGUUUAUACUGGGAUGGUCCGUCUUUCGUACAACAGUCACCUGAUACUUGGAAAUCACCACAAUAUGAAAAAAUUCCCGUCGCUGAACUACCUGAACAGAAAACCGUGGCAGAGACUCUGCACGUUAUGGUUACACCAACAACGAACGACGACUGGAUUGAAAAAUUCUCAUCGUUGACUCGGCUAAAAAGAGUUGUUGCUUACAUGAGACGUUUCAUCGUCAAGGCUCAUCACAAGUCACUCCAGCGAAAGCCCACACAUCAAUGUGACGAGCAUCCACCCAUGUGUACAGGAUUCCUUCGAUAUGAAGAACUUCGUGAUGCUUUACAGACGCUAGUCCAAAUAACGCAGCGCAUCCACUUUCCACAGUUACUCAAGCUUAUUUCAUCUUCGUCAUCGUCAAUUAAACCUCGUUCGAUAGCUUGUCUCACCCCGUUCAUUGACACAUCUGGAAUCAUACGCGUGGGUGGACGAUUGCGCCGUUCAACCGCACCGGAAGACUUCAAAUAUCCAGUGUUAAUUCCAAAGUCAAGUGCUUUAACGCUACUAUUGAUCCAAUAUUAUCAUAUAACUGGUAUGCACGCUGGGCCUCAGCUUGUGGCAUCUUUGUUGUCUUCUCAAUUUUGGAUUGUGUCAGGUCGAUCAGUUAUUCGUCACAUUAUUUUCAAAUGUGUUACCUGUACACGACAUCGAGCGUCAACCGUCAAAACGUUAAUGGGCGAUCUUCCUUCCUCACGAGUAUGUCCAUCGAGACCCUUCUCUAAUGUCGGUGUAGAUUACGCAGGACCACUUUUGAUCAAGGAAGGUAAACGUCGGAACGCCCGCUCUACAAAAUGUUAUGUGGCGAUCUUCAUCUGCAUGGCCGUGAAAGCGGUGCACAUCGAAGUGGUCUCUGAUCUAACAACUUCGGCAUUCCUGGCGGCAUUAAAGCGUUUCAUUGCUCGCCGAGGAAUACCUUUGGAAAUAUACUCAGACUGUGGUACCAAUUUUCAAGGUGCCGCAUCUGAAUUGCGUAGGUUGUGGUCAGAUCCUGAAGCACAAAACAGUGUCUCAAAUGCUGUGCAGUGUAGGUGGCAUUUCAACCCACCAGCUGCUCCCCACUUCGGGGGAUUGUGGGAGGCAGCUGUUAAAUCCAUGAAGACCCACCUGAAACGAGUAAUUGGCACCCAACUGUUAACAUUUGAGGAGAUGUGCACCAUAACUCGACGAAUAGAAGCCAUACUGAACUCACGACCAAUUACACCCCUUUCGUCAGAUCCGAAUGAUUUACGAGUGUUAACACCAGGUCACUUCCUCACAGGUGAACCUCUCGUCACGCUGCCUGACCACGAUGUGACGCAGAUUCCGAUGAACCAUCUCAACCGAUGGCAGCUGUUGGAUCAAUUUCACCAAUCGUUGUGGAAACGUUGGUCUUCAGAAUACUUGCGAUCUUUGCAAGUCCGAUCGAAAUAG